CGAGUACGUUUCGCUGAUCACUCGUGCAAGACGCUAAACUUGCCGCCGGUUUCAUUGGCGUGGGAAGUCUUACCUGGCGAUGACAUCACCACGGUGGGGUCGGCUGCAAAGAAAAGGUCGUCGGGGGUCCCUUCGCUGCCAUGAUUUGUGCGCACACGAGAAUUCGCCGCAUGGGGGUCACCCAUUCGGUCCAGGCGAUCAAGAUCCGGCGCAACGGCGAGCUCGUGCUCCUGGCAGAGUAUCGCACGUUCUUGGUGAGCAAAUGCCCGGAUUUUGCCCACGUGCGAUGCAUGAUAACGCCUGCUAUCCAAACCCGGGUUCUCUCGAGUUGGGAGGCCAUCGCAAACGGCACCACGCCCGCGAUGCGGGCCAUCGGCCACACGUCGCCCGUCGUAUGCUUCUACGACAGCUUUUACAAACGCCUCUUCGCAGGUGCCCCCGAGGUGCAGCCGCUCUUCCGAACGUCGAUCAUUGUCCAAGGCAAAGCGCUUAUCAGUAUCGUCCAGACCAUUGCGAACGGUCCGAACUCGAACAAUGCAAUUGCAAGUGUUGUCGAGUUGGCCUACCGGCACAAUCAGUACGGCGUCAAGAUGCAAUACUACAACGUGGUCGGGCGGGUGCUGCUGGAAGCCCUACAAGAGUGCACGGGACCGAGCGACUGGACCGCCGAUCUCGACUUGGGCUGGCGCACCGUGUACGCCUACAUGAUGACAACGAUGGCACCAAUUGUGUAUCAUGGGGCCACCAACCACACAGACUGUGACAGAGCUUUGGCCAAACGGGGACGAUAUCAACAAAAACGGACGUUGCUGCGGCCGCCGACGGUCCAUCCUGUGUCAACGCAGACGACGACGUCGUCACUCAACUCGCUGGUCCCCGAGUCCAAGAUGUCCGAGUGUCCUGUCAAGAACGCGUGGAGCGUGCCGCCCUGAUGAAUCGUGUAAAGUUUCAGAGAUCCCCAUGCAUGUGACCCCUCUGUGGGGGUGAUGCCUUUCAACACUGC